AUGCUGCGUCUACGCAGAUGCGCUCGGCUUCCGGGCGUUGGUGGCAACCACGCGGCCCGUGGUCUGCACUCGCUGCCGUCCGCUGAGCUGCGCAGUCGCUUCCUGCAGUUCUUCGAGUCCCAGGACCACCGCGUGGUGCCCAGCGCGUCGCUGGUACCGCCUGGGGGCGACACAUCGCUGCUCUUCGUGAACGCUGGCAUGGUGCCGUUUAAGCAGGCCUUCCUUGGAUUGGACGGUGGGGCGGAGGCGCGCGGAUACUCGAGAGCCACGUCGGCGCAGCGUUGCGUGCGAGCAGGAGGCAAGCACAACGACCUGGACCAAGUCGGGCUCACGCGCCGCCACCACACCAUGUUCGAGAUGCUGGGCAACUUCAGCUUCGGCGACUACUUCAAGGAGCAGGCGAUCACCAUGUGCUGGCGCUUCCUCACACAGGAGCUGGGUCUACCCGUCGAGAGGCUGCACGUGACGGUACUCGAGAGCGACGAGGAGGCUCGUCAGCUGUGGAAGAAGAUCGCUGGGCUGCCCGACCACAAAAUCCUGCGGCUAGACGAGAAGGAGAAUUUCUGGGCGAUGGGCGACUCCGGUCCGUGCGGUCCAUGCUCCGAGGUGUUCUGGGACCUGGGUGACCACAUCGCUGACCCGGACGAACGCUUUUUGGAGCUGUGGAACCUCGUCUUCAUGCAGUUCUUCCGCAACGAAGGAGAAAACGAGCUUCACGCGUUACCAAGCUGUUCCGUGGAUACGGGUAUGGGCCUCGAGCGUGUCGCUUCAGUUCUCCAAGGUGUUCCAUCCAACUACCAUACCGAUGUCUUCGUGCCACUGCUGCACGAGGUGGCCUCAGUGCUGGAUGCUAGUCGCUCGGGAACCUCCAGGCAGUCGUUCUCAAGUGCGCUUGAAGAAGAGCUUGACCCAAGCCAGGAUCGUUUCGGGACAGGAAAGGAGAUUCAGACUCUACGGAUCAUCAGUGACCAUCUCCGCGCGACCUACGCAUUGCUGAACGACGGCGUCUUCCCGUCCAAUGUGGGCCGUGGCUACGUUUUGCGCCGCAUUAUCCGGCGAGCCAUCCGGCACGCUCAGCAGCUCGGUGUUCAGGGCGGCGCCGAUGGAAUAUUGGCUUCUAUCGCUGUUCCAGGAUGGAGUGAAGCUGCAGGUUUCCAGCAGAUGCGCGCGAUUGUUUCGAACGAAGAGAGGGCUUUUGAGGAAAUGCUACGCAAUGGCCGCGGUGCUAUUGAGAAAGCGUUCUCUAAGGCACAACUGGCCCAAACAGUUCUGUCCGGUACAGAUGCCUUCAGGCUAUACGACACGUACGGCAUUCCGCUUGAUAUCACUCAGGUGCUGGCGGAAGAAAAGGGUCUAUCGGUUGAUGUUGAGGGCUACGAUGCGUGCAUGAAAGAGCACAAGCAGCAGACGACCGACCGCAGUGCCUUCGCUGGCCAUCACACUCAGCGCUCACAACUCGCGGAGUCAUCCCCAUCUGCUUCGGCCGCUGCACUCGUAAGCGAAUUCGUAGGGUAUGAUCAGCUCGACGUCCCUGACUCGCGCGCCCUGGACAGCUGGUCGCUUCCGAACAAGAAGAAGGGGGCUUCAGACGAGUUCAGCGUCGUCCUCGAUCGCUGCCCAUUUUACCCUGAGGGAGGAGGCCAAGUGGGAGAUCGUGGGCAUCUUGCCAACGAUGACGCUAUUGCGUUGAAGUGCACACCGCCCAAGGGUAUGACGUACGCUGAGAUUUCGGCUCUGCUAUUCCCUGCUGAUGGCCAAGCGCCUACCGUGCAGGCAGUAGUGGACCAUAAGUUCCGCGCUGGUUGUGCCGUACACCACACAGCUACGCAUUUGCUGCAGCGUGCGCUAAAGGCUGAAUUGGGUGAGCACGUGACGCAGGCUGGCUCACAGGUCACAAACGACCGACUCCGCUUCGACUUUGCGCACUUCGGAGCACUAUCCACGGACGAAAUGGCUCGAGUGGAAGCGCGAGUGAAUGAAUUUGCAGCGGCGGAGCUGGAUGUGACAACCGUUCAGCUGCCUCGAGAAGAAGCCGAGCGCAGCGGCGCCAUUUGCAACUUUGGAGACAAGUACGGCGAUGUUGUCCGGGUUGUUCGGGUUGGCGGUAGCAAUGCUGCUGAAGGUGAAGCACCUGUAUCCAGUGAAUUCUGCGGUGGCACCCACGUGAAUAACGCGCGCGAGGUCUUCCCGUUCGCGUUGGUCAGUGAAGGAUCGGUGGCUGCUGGCACGCGACGCAUUGAAGCCGUCGCAGGGCAGGCCGGCGCUCGCUAUCUGCAAGCCAAGGCGCAGACGUUGAGCGAGGUGGCUGAUCAGCUGUCCACGACGCCUGCCAAGGUCGUGGAGCGGGUCACGAAAAUGCAGAAGCAGAUGAAGCAGCUGGAAAGUCGGGCCCAAGCUCUUGGCGAUGUGCUUGCCACGCUCCCAUCAACGCCGCUGGCAUCGGGACGCAUCGAUGGAGCCGUCAGCGUUCCUCUGGUUGAGUUGCACGCGCUGGAUCUGCCUGGUGGCGGCGAGUUCUCCAAGGUGGUUAAGCGCCGUGCCGAGUUCCUGGCGGGGCAAAGCGCGUCAGAUAGCGUGCUGCUGGUAAUGCUGGGACCGCAAGUGGCUUCCAUUGCCAACGCCGACGCGAAAGUCCACGCUGGCAAGCUGUUGCAGCAGGUGGUGAAGCCCCUGGGCGGCCGCGGAGGUGGCAACGCCAGCUUCGCGCAAGGAUCGGUCCCGGCAGAGCUAACUCCGCAAGAGUUUGCUCGACGAGUACUGGGCGAAUCGCAUGAAUGA